AUGUCGGGAGUUCAAGCCGACCAGCGCGUCUCUGUCGAGAGCAAGCCUUACGAGGACCGCAAGGAGAUGCUCGACGACGACGUCGACCGCCACUAUGCCGUCGAGAUCCCCCAGAUCCUGAAGGAUGUUGGUCCCGAGGAGCAGGGUCGCAUCGACCGCCGCGUCACGCGCAAGAUCGACAUGCUCCUCAUGCCCCCUCUCGUCAUUCUCUUCAUUCUCAACUUCCUCGACCGCAACAACGUUUCCACUGCCAAAGUUGGCGGCAUGACUGAGGACCUGCGCAUGUCUGGCCAGGAGUUCUCCACGGUCGUCGCUGUUCUUUUCGCCGGUUACAUUUCGCUUCAGGUCCCUUCCAACAUGAUCGCCUCGCGUGUCAAGUGGCCCUCGUUCUACAUCUGCUGUAUGACCGCUGCCUGGGGAACCGUCUCUGCCUGUACCGGUGCCGUCAACAACUACCACGGUCUCCUCGUCUGUCGUUUGAUUCUUGGUUUCACCGAAGCUGCCUUCUUCCCCGGCGCGCUCUUCCUGCUCUCUCUCUUCUACACCAAGCGCCAGAUCGCCUUCCGCACCGCCAUCCUGUACUCUGGUUCGCAGCUCGGUAACGCCUUCGGAGGUCUCUUCGCCAUGGCCUGUCUCCAGCUCGACGGCACCCACAAGCUCGAGGGCUGGCGCUGGCUCUUCAUCAUCGAGGGUGCCAUGACGGUCGGCUUCUCGCUCAUCUUUGCCACCUUCAUCCCGAACCGUCCUGAGACCUGCCGUUCGUUUACCGACGCUGAGCGCGCCCAGGCCGUCUACCGUCUCCAGCUCGACCGCGCCACCAAGGAUGCCUCGUCCGAGAUGUCCAUUGGCACUGCCACCAAGCUCGUCUUCACCGACCCCAAGGUCUACCUCAUCAUGAUCGCUCUUACCGUCAACUUCAUCGCCUCUGCAGUCACAAACUUCUUCCCUGUGGUCAUUCGCGAGAUGGACCCCGACUACUCGAAGAUCCAGAGCCUGGGAAUGACUGCUCCGCCUUACGUUCUUUGUGUUAUCACCAUUUGGAUCAUGGGCUACUGGUCGGACCGCAUCCAGCGCCGCACGAUCUUCGUUGUCAUCUCCAUGGCCUUCAACGUGCUCGCCAACAUCAUCGCUGUCGCCACCACGAACGUUGGAGCGCGUUACUUUGCGAUGAUGCUCAUGCCCGCGUCGUUCUACACCUCGUCGACGAUCAUCCUCUCCUGGAUGUCCUCGACGAUCGUCGGCCCUGACAUCAAGAAGGCUACCGCUUUCGCCCUCAUCAACGCCGUUGCCAACACGAGCAACAUCUGGACCUCGUACCUCUACUUCGGUGCUCCCCGCUACGUUGUCGCCUUCGGCGUUAACCUCGGUGCCUCCGUCGUCGUCAUCCUCCUCAUCCUCGUUCUUGCCGGCUAUCUGUCCCGCCUCAACAAGAAGCUCGACAAUGGCCAGUCGCUCGGCAAGAACGGCCCCACCGACGUCCAGAUCGAGGGCGGCUUCCGCUUCCAGAUCUAA